CGCUCUAUAAGUUGUCGAUAGGCGGGCACUCCGCCCUAGUUUCUAAGGAUCAUGUCUGCGAGUCAGGAUUCCCGAUCCAGAGACAAUGGCCCUGAUGGGAUGGAGCCCGAAGGUGUCAUCGAGAGUAACUGGAAUGAGAUUGUUGACAGCUUUGAUGACAUGAAUCUCUCGGAGUCUCUUCUUCGUGGCAUCUACGCUUAUGGUUUUGAGAAACCCUCUGCCAUCCAGCAGCGAGCCAUUCUUCCUUGUAUCAAGGGUUAUGAUGUGAUCGCUCAAGCUCAAUCUGGAACUGGGAAAACGGCCACUUUCGCCAUAUCAAUUCUGCAGCAGAUUGAAUUGGAUCUAAAGGCCACCCAGGCCUUGGUGCUAGCACCCACUAGAGAGCUGGCUCAGCAGAUACAGAAGGUGGUCAUGGCAUUAGGAGAUUACAUGGGUGCCUCCUGCCAUGCUUGUAUCGGGGGCACCAAUGUCCGUGCUGAGGUGCAAAAGCUGCAGAUGGAAGCUCCCCAUAUCAUCGUGGGUACCCCUGGCCGUGUAUUUGACAUGCUUAACCGGAGAUACCUGUCUCCCAAGUAUAUCAAGAUGUUUGUACUGGAUGAAGCUGAUGAAAUGUUAAGCCGCGGUUUCAAGGACCAGAUCUAUGACAUAUUCCAAAAGCUUAAUAGCAACACCCAGGUGGUUUUGCUGUCAGCUACAAUGCCUUCUGAUGUGCUUGAGGUGACCAAAAAGUUCAUGAGGGACCCAAUUCGGAUUCUUGUCAAGAAAGAAGAGCUGACCCUGGAGGGUAUCCGCCAAUUCUACAUCAACGUGGAACGAGAGGAGUGGAAGUUGGACACACUGUGUGACUUGUAUGAAACCUUGACCAUCACCCAGGCAGUCAUCUUCAUCAACACUCGGAGGAAGGUUGACUGGCUCACUGAGAAGAUGCAUGCCCGAGACUUCACUGUCUCUGCCAUGCAUGGCGAUAUGGACCAAAAGGAACGAGAUGUAAUCAUGAGGGAGUUCCGCUCUGGCUCUAGCAGAGUAUUGAUUACCACUGACCUGUUGGCCAGAGGCAUCGAUGUGCAACAGGUUUCUUUAGUCAUCAACUAUGACCUUCCCACCAACAGGGAAAAUUACAUCCACAGAAUUGGUCGUGGUGGGCGUUUUGGCCGUAAGGGUGUGGCUAUCAAUAUGGUGACAGAAGAAGACAAGAGGACUCUUCGAGACAUCGAGACCUUCUAUAACACCUCCAUUGAGGAGAUGCCUCUUAAUGUUGCCGACCUCAUCUGAGGGGCUGUCCUGCUACCUAGCCCUAGCCAGGGUUUAGUCCUUGGGGGCUGAGGAGAAGCAGGAGGGGGGAGGGAAGGGAGCCAAGGGAUGGACAUCUUGUCAUUUUUUUUUUCUUUUUUUCUUUGAAUAAAUGUCACUUUUUGAGGCAAAAGAAGGAACCGUGAA